GUCAGGACAGGGUCAAGGGGACAGAGGGGCCAAGUGCCCCCUGGACCUCCCAGAGUACCAGACCACACAGCCACAGCUAAUACCCAGUGUUUUUACCCAACAGCCACAGCUAAUACCAGUGUUUUUACCCAACAGCCACUGUCUAAUGGGACACCCGGGGAACACACAGUGUGGCUAUAGUGGAUACAGCAGAGCUCCCAGAGCCCUCUGUAAGGUCUGCCAGAGCUGAUGGGGAAGAUAGUGAUGAUUCUAUGACAGAUCUCAACACAACUGACGACACGUCACAUCUCCUACCAAACAGUAUACCAUCGAACCCAUACCAUCUACAGAGAGUCGAGCUUCCCAGUGGGGUCCCUGUGUCGUCCAGUCCGAAAACGUCCCUCGAGACCCUGAUCAACGGAGCCUCCACCUCCCCCGUCUGUACUCCUCCUUCUGCCUCUGUUAACCAGACAGGAUGGAGCCCUCCCCAGUCCCCCCAGUCCUCUCAGUCUCCUCAGUCUCCUCAGUCCCCCCAGUCUCCCCAGUCCCCCCAGUCCCCUCAGUCCCAAGCCUGUGACAGACACCAUGGACACCCUAUUAAAAAACAACACCUGCCGUCCACCACAAGGAGCCAGAACUCAUUGAAAGCAGACGCCACCCAGAUAAAGGAAAUAGCUGGAGACGACUGCUGUGUACACUGUGUCCUGGCCUGUCUGUUCUGUGAGGUGCUGUCCCUGUGCUCGGUGGUGGCCCAGUGUCUGGCGUGUGGAGAGGGCUGUGAGGUGCUGUGUUGCUGUGGGGAGGGCGCUGCCGGCGGGUUGGCCUGUGGGGAGGACGCCUGCUCUGCCCUGUUGAAUUGUGGGAUACUGGAGGACUGCUGCGAGUCUUCAGACUGUCUGGAGAUCUGCCUGGAGUGUUGUUCUAUCUGCUUCCCUGUGUAGAAGAAGAAGAAGAAGGAGGAAGAGGAAGAACAUUGAAAUAUUUGCCGGAAAGACAGGCGGAGUGGCUCUGUGUUAGGCCUCCUAAACAGACUGAGCCUUAAUAGACAGGAUAAAUGAUCACAACCACCAUGUUGAACUCUUUUUUAUUACCCUCGUCGGACAUCUUUGUUCUACACUAACAUUGAUUAAAGUUUGGGUUUUGGGUUUAUUUAA